CUUACUAUGGGUAUAUAAAUGUGUUAGAAACAUUACAUCACUCUUCUAAGUAAUUAAUUAGUGCGAUAUAAAUAUUCGCGUUUGUCUCCUUGUGGUCGGUAAUCCUUUAAUGGUAGGGUGUCACGUGUGUGUAAGGAGGUCGUUGUAUCUGUCUAAGUUUGUGUUGUGUGUUGUCUAGGCGACAAAGUGGAUAUAUUCGUGUGUUGUGUACAGUUAUUUAUGUUUAAGAAUAAAUGAACGAUGUAUCAGAGAAACCAAAGCGGCGUAGCGUACGUCGGCAGCGGUCCAUCUACCAGGUGCACUACGCCAUCAAGCGGCUGGAGGACGAGAUGACGGCCAAGCCGCUGGUGCAGCCCACCGACUCGCUAGAGAUCCAGGCCUUCGCCCGGCAGGUGGCCGGACACAACAAGUGCGAGGACACCAAGUAUUUAGGUCUUCUUCAAUGCAACAACGGUACCAUCCUCAAGCCAAUAAUAAAAGAGGCUCAGAAGCGUGAAGUGGACUUCUACGAGCGUCUCUCGACCACAACAGACGAGUAUCUCCUGGAACUGCGGUCCUUCGUGCCGAAGUACUUCGGCUGCAGGAAGUUCACUUACAACGGCUUCGAACAGGACUACAUCAUACUUGAGGACCUCACGCUUAGGAUGCUGGAGCCCUGCAUCAUGGAUGUUAAGAUUGGCAGAAGAACAUGGGACCGCUUAGCGACGCCGGAGAAGAUAAAGAACGAGGAGUCGAAGUACGCGGCGUGCAAGCAGGAGUACGCGUUCUGUAUCCCCGGCUUCCAGGUGUACCGCGUGGCCGGCGGCAAGCUCUGCAAGUACAACAAGGACUACGGCAAGAAGCUGCACGGACAAGCUGUUAAGGAUGCGCUGCGCACGUACCUGAACGGGCCGGGGCUGUGCCGCGCGCUGCUGCUGCAGCAGCUGGGCGCGCUGUGGCGCCUGCAGCGCUGGGCGCGCGCGCAGCCCGCCGCCGCGCUGGCCGCCGCCUCGCUGCUGCUCGUGUACGACGCCGCGCGCCUGCGCGCCUGCUGCAGGGGCGCCGACGUCCAACAGGCGGCGUGUCGCGCGCGGCGGCCCUCGCGGCGGCAGUCGGUCCCGUGCGCGGACAGCUUCAGCGGGCAGCUGAGCGCGCGCGGGCCUGUCUACAAGAAGCUGCAGUCCGUGCGCCUCACGCCGCUGUCCUUAGCGCAGGAGUCCUUCUCCCCGCCGCCGCCCAUCAGCUCGCCCUGGUCGGAAGCCCUCGCCAGCUUCACCCACAACCACUCCUUCGAACACAACUACGAGGACAAACUCUGCAAGAUCAAGAUGGACUACAAGGCGGUGCUCGACCAGCUGUCGUACGACUCCCCCAAGCCGAGUCCUUGGGCGACCGUCAAGGUCAUUGACUUCGCUCACGCGUUCUUCAAUGAGGAAGAGGAGAGGGCAGUGGAUGAGAACUUCCGGGAAGGCAUCGAUAAUUUCGUCGCGAUAUUCGAGAGCUUCCUGCGUGAAACUGACGACCAAGUUAUUUGAUAACUUGUAGUUUUGACGUCAUCCAACAGAUGGCAGUAUUACAUUUAAGUGAAGUGGUUUUUUGUAGCUGUCGUACUCAUGAGACAUGUUAAGUCGUAAGAUAAUAGAAAAACCUUUUCGUGGCGGAUAUAGAAUCUGACUUCAGUGUAUCAUGACUGUAUCUCCCACCAACCCCCGCCACGCACCUCUUUUGACAUUUCUAUGUGUGACGUUCAAACAUUGUACAGUACUAUGUGCUCUUCGUGUGUCAAAAUUCGUUAAUGUAUAGUAUUGAAGAACCAGUGUAGUUAGAAACUAAUUAUAAAAAUAUAUUAUUAAUACUAAUUCGUAUAAAAAUUGAAGGUCAACAUUGUUUAAUGUAUAUUUAUUAUUGUAAAAGAUUUAUUUCUAAUAUAUCAGACUAAUGUAAACUUCUAAGACCUAAUUGUUAUAAAGUGAUUAUAUUAAUAUAGUACCCAGUCUUGUGAACUCAAAGCUAAUGCUCAAUUUUAUAAACAAUUCCAUUUGUUACUAGUUAGGUAUUUCAACUUCGGGACUAAGUCAAAAUAUUUUAGUACUUAAAUAGAUUUUAUUAUUCCAAAUAAUAGUUUUAUAUUUGUUAUAUUAGUGUGAAAAUGUAAAUAAAUUGUUUUUACGCUUUCGCGUUAUAAAUAUUUAUUAUCGAAAUCAGCCAAAAUUAUUUCUCCCAAAUAAACAUUAACUAUAAACUUAAAUUAUACAAU